UCACACAGUUGCUUUCAUUUCCUCAGCUGGAAACUGUGUUCAUAAUUCCCACAAGCUAAACGAAGCAAGGAAGGAAAGAAAAUCAGAGGGCGGGAGUUCAGAGACGGGGCUCCACGCCUUAGCCAAUGGACGUGAGUGGUGCUGAUACAGACGGCCACGAAUUCAAGAAUGCAGAAGAGAUGUGGAUGGAGCAGGUUGGAAACCCCACCAAGCGCACCCAAUGGUAUCGCGAAGGCUUAGGGUACUGGCAAGGUUUAGACGCAUCGGUAGACGGCGUCUUGGGCGGCUAUGGCUAUGUUAAUGACACUGAUAUCAUGGGCAGUGAAGUCUUUCUCAAAUCCAUUUUGGCCGAACGUUUCCCUUUUGCUGGGAAAGACCGCCCCCUUGUGGCUCUUGAUUGUGGUUCUGGUAUUGGAAGAGUCACGAAGAAUCUUCUUAUCAGAUAUUUCAACGAGGUUGAUCUUGUUGAACCUGUAUCACAUUUUCUAGAGGCUGCCCGUCAAAGCUUGGCUCCAGAAAGUAAUGGUGCCUCUGAUAUUCACAAACCCGCUAACUUCUUUUGUGUGCCUCUACAGGAAUUCACGCCAGAUGCAGGCAGAUAUGAUGUUAUUUGGGUUCAGUGGUGUAUCGGGCAUCUCACUGAUGACGACUUUAUCUCAUUCUUUAGAAGAGCCAAGUUGGGUCUAAAAGCUGGUGGAAUUUUCAUUCUUAAGGAAAACAUUGCAAAAUCUGGAUUUAUAUUAGAUAAAGAAGAUAGAAGCAUCACAAGAUCGGAUGUAUACUAUAAAGAUCUAUUCCACCACUGCGGACUCUACGCAUAUAAAUCAAGGGACCAAACGGGAUUUCCCCAAGAACUAUUUCCUGUGAAGAUGUAUGCAUUAACUACAGAGGCGCCCAACAGGAUUUCUCGCACCAAAAGAGAACAAACCAAGCCACUUAACGUGCAAAUCCGUACUAGAAUGAACUGGAAACAUGGAGCUUCUCGUUUUUCAUGCAUGCAAGGGAAUGCCACUGCUGCUGCCAUCUAUCCCAAACCCCUUUCCCGUUGGCAUCUUAAAGCACUGUGCAUUACAUAGUAGUGCCUUGUUGCUGAAAGUUUCCAUCCUUCAUAUCUUUUUAUGUUAAUGAACAGAUUUGAUACACUGAUACUUUAUUUAUCAGAGUUCUGAUAUGGGCGACCGCUGCCCUACAAGUUCGAC